AAUGAAUUAUAGCUAAAUCAGCGGUUAGAUUAAAAAGGCAAGAAAAGGGCAAAACCAAAGGGAUGGGGUCCACGGGGUUUGUGUUGUGUGUGCUUAGUGGCACGGACCCCACGACAAGAGUGGUAACGAGCUGGCAAUCCUAAGACGGACCCCACCAUCCCCCCUCUCCUUGACAGACUCCUUGACAGUCUGCUCUCCUUUCCAAAUUUCUCUCUCUCUCACACACUCACACAGUUCAAAUACCCACUCACUCCAUUUUCUUCACGUAUAUUAAAGCUCUCUUCAAUCUUCUCAAUCUUCCAUAUAAUCUCUCUCUGAAAAUCCUAAUUCCGUCCAUUUCUUCUUCUUCUUCCCUUUUAAAAUUCUAUUUUUCACCCUGAAUUUUGUUCUUUUUGCUUAAUUCUUGCUGAAAAAGGGUUCAAACUUUAAACAAUUCGAUUAUUGAUGGCGGAAGAAACGAAAACCACAGCUUCUGAGACGCCGGCUCCGGCUGCGGAGGUGGUGGUUUCCGAUGUUGCUGAAACGGCCGUUGUUGAGAAAGAGGCUACCGUGACUUCUGCUACACCGGAGCCGGAGCCGGUUCCGGUUCCAGAAGCGGAGAAGCCGGCGGAGGAGCCAGCUGCUACCGAGGCGGCUCCGGCUGCUGAGGAGGCGGAGAAAACCGCCGACGAGGAGAAGAUUACUGAAUCUGCUUCGUUUAAGGAGGAGACCAACGUUGUUGAGGAACUCCCGGACCCACAAAAGAAGGCCAUCGAUGAGUUGAAACAGCUGGUUCGCGAAGCUCUGGCCAAGCAUGAAUUCACUGCUCCGCCGCCGCCGCCGCCUGUGAAGGAGGAGGAGAAGAAACCCGAGCCGGAAGAACCCAAAACCGAAGCUGCCGCCACAGAAGAACCCAAAACAGAGUCCACCGCCGAAGAAACCAAACCCGAACCCGCCGCCGCCGUCGAGGAAACCAAAACGGAAGCUGCCGCCGAAGAGACCAAGCCUGAGGAGGAGAAAAAGGAAGCCGAGGCUACCCCACCACUACCGGCGGCGGAGGAGCCACCUAAGGCUGAAGAACCGUCCGAACCGGUGGAGGAAAAGAAGGAAGUCAUCCCUCCAACAACAGAGACCGCUGAAUCAUCUGAGCCCACAACUAAGGUCGAGGAGAAGGUUGAGACCGCCGCCGAAGAAAUCAAAGAGACCAUAGUUGAAGAAACCACCGCCGCCCCUGCCACUGAGCCGGCGGCUGAGGAGACACCAAAGGAGGAAGUCGCUGUUGAGGAACCACCAAAGGAGCCAGAGGAAGUUUCUCUUUGGGGAAUUCCACUCCUAGCUGACGAGAGGAGUGAUGUCAUCCUCCUCAAGUUCCUCAGAGCAAGAGAUUUCAAGGUGAAGGAUGCUUUCGCCAUGCUUAAGAGCGUUGUUGCUUGGAGGAAAGAAUUUGGAAUCGAUGAAUUGGUGGAGGAAGAAGGAAUCGGUAGCGGGUUAGAGAAGGUUGUUUACAUGCACGGUGUUGAUAAGGAAGGACAUCCGGUUUGCUAUAAUGCUUAUGGCGAGUUUCAGGACAAGGAAGUUUAUCAAAUUGCUUUUGCUGAUGCCGAAAAGAGGUCGAAAUUCCUUAGGUGGAGGAUUCAGUUCUUGGAGAACAGCAUCAGGAAGCUUGAUUUCACCCCUGAUGGUGUCAAUACCAUCGUACAAGUCAAUGAUUUCCAGAAUUCUCCUGGGCUGUUCUUGUUCAAGAAGGACUUCCGCCAGGCUACCAAUCAAGCCCUUCAGUUAUUGCAGGACAAUUAUCCGGAAUUCGUUGCCAAACAGGUGUUCAUCAAUGUGCCAUGGUGGUAUGUGGCCUACAACAGGGUAAUCAGUCCCUUCCUGACUCAGAGAACCAAGAGCAAGUUUGUCUUUGUUGGACCUUCCAAAACUGCCGAGACACUGUUCAAGUAUAUUGCACCUGAACAAGUACCAGUACAAUAUGGUGGUUUGAGCAGGGAUGAGGGUGAAUUCACUGUUUCUGAACCUGUCACCGAGGAAACCAUCAAGCCAUCAUCCAAACAAGUUGUUGAAUUCCCAGUAACUGAGGUAAUCAAUCAUCAUUGUUCUAUCCAUGUUUUUUUGACAAUUGAAUCUUUACCUUAGUUCUUAUUUUGUUGAUUUCAUUUGUAAUUGGUCAAUUUUGCAGGGUACUUUGGUUUGGGAGGCAAGAGUUAUUGGCGGGGAGGUCUCAUACGGUGCUGAAUUCGUUCCUAGUGCUGAAGGUGGUUACACUGUGAUAGUGCAGAAGUCUAGGAAGAUUACACCAACUGAUGAGCCAAUAAUCAGUGGAAGCUACAAAAUCGGUGAACCAGGCAAGAUUGUGCUCACAUUUGAUAAUCAAACUUCCAAGAAGAAGAAGCUUCUUUACAGGUCCAAGGUCAAGUCUGAAUGAGGGAAAGAACUAAGAAGAAGGAGACUUCACACAAUGGCACAGUGAAAAGGGUUCUUUUUUUGUUCAUUCAUACAGAUUUAAUGUUCGUUCUUUUACUUUUGGUUGAUAGUAGCAUAUUGGAUGGAUAAUGAGUUGGGAUUUUUGUUAUUAUUCAUAUUUGUUGGUUUUUUUUUUCAAGCUUUAAAAGUUUUGAGGUUGUAAUAUUGGUCUAAAAUAUCUGGUGAAGCAAGUUGGGUCCGGCUGGAAAGACGAUGGAAAAACAAUAUGUUACCAAAAGGGGAGGAUUUUGAAAGUGUGAAAUGUGGACAGCUUCAAAUACUUUCUUAUCUGUAAAACAAAACAAAGAAAAAAAAAAAAGGAAAAAACUUGUACAUUCCCUUGUUCUUUUUCAGUUUUCUAGUGGGAUGAUGAUAAAUGCUGUUCUGUUUCUGCUCUGUUUUUUUUUCUGUUCUGUUUUGUCCUUGUGUUCUUCAAUUACUUUUUAACAUUUUCUUUAUUUUCCUGCAAUUAAAUUCUCUAGAAGUUGAGACUUGAGAGGGAUGUUUGUUUGUCCUAAAAUGUUGUUGUAAUGUUGUUCCCAAUUGGCAUCUGGAUCUGGAGUUUUGAUGAAGUCAGAGUUAAAGAGUACUGUGCAGAAAAUGUUUUCGGUGUUUGGUAAAAAUCUAGAAACAGUGUGCGUGGCCUGUUUUGUAAAUUUCGGACAUAAACUGUGUCUUUGUGUGACCACUUCCAACUUCCCAAACUGUGACCGUUUGUUCUGUCUAUUUCUUCCCCGGUGUUCAUCAAUGUACUUUUUUCGGAUUCCACAAGCCCAUUAUGAUAGCAAAUUUAACGCUCUACUGUUUGUCGUAACGGCUCUCAUUAUGCGUGUCAUAAGUUAAUAAUUUUGACGUGUUUAUCAUUAUUUUAGUGUAUCAUUUUAUGAAACUUAUAUUCUCUUUUCUUUUCA